AUGAGUAAAACGAAAACCAUUAUUGCUAUUAUAACAGUCGGUAUUUCACUUGGAAUCUUGUUAUUGAGUUUGACAGGAGCAAAGGAUGGCUUGAAUAUACCUCAAGACAAUGGAACUCACACCGGAUUCCCCGCUUGGCAUCCACCUUUGAAAGGAUAUAAUGACGAAAGUCUAGAAGCAACGAUUAUUUUCUCGGCAUUUGUGAUGGCAAUCUGUGCAUAUUUUUCAUUCAAAUGGACCUCCCAAGUUCCUGAAGAAUUUAAAACGUAUUUCAUUGAUAAAAAUAUAAACAAAACACCUACCACCGAAUUUGAUCGUUUAAUAGCAUGGUACGCAACGAUCACAUCUCUGACAGGAAUAGCAUAUUUUUUAUUUGACGUUGGUAAAAUGUGGGUUACAACCGGAGUAUUACAUAAUGCGAUCGAAGUAAUGAUCUUAUUUGCCAUACAUCAAGGGGGAAGCGUCAAGUCAAGUUCAUUUCCGGCUUGGAUCAUCCUUUACGUCUUAAUCACCUCAGCAUUAAGUCUCUAUUUAAGUUGGCCUGCCGAUGCCCUUUGGUUUAAAAUGCAAGGACUUGUUUUGGAUUAUUUUUUAGCAAUUCAAUUUGCACGCAUAUUUUUUGGUUCGUGUAAGGGAAUUGGUGAUGAAGGUCAUCGUCUCUUUGAUGCCGAAAAUCCAGGUCGUACCACUAUUAUUAGGGAUAGUAAUACAUCGGAAAAUGAUGUGAUCGUGGAUGACAAAUCGGUUGGAUAUUUCCGUCCUCGUUACACCUUAUUAUUGUUCUUUGCAGAUUUCGCUCAUAUCUUUGGAAAUGUUUACGUCACUAUUUGGGCCUUUGAGGUUCAUUCUUACAUAUUGUUCUCUUUCACAUAUUGUAUCACUUUCCCUCUCUACACUUAUUUUAUUUAUUUAGAUACUCAUACUGUUGCCAUGCGUCCUGCUCAAAAAUAUAUAGUGGUACCUGACGCUGAUAAAUUAAACGUUAUACUCGUGAUUUUAUCUGCAAUUUUCCUUUCAUUUUUAACCGCAAAAAUUAGUAUGGAUCAUGACAAUUAA